AGGCAAAGCCACGCGGUCCCUGGUGCCUGGGAAGGCGCCGGCCUCGCCGCAGCUCCAGAGCAAGUGGUGGUCGCCGGCCUGCAGUGCCUCUGGCCUACUGUGCGGCUGCAGGGCGGGAGCAGCUUUGCGGCCUGAGCGCUGUCACCUCAGCUCUCCGGGCCGCGGCUCCCCCGUGAGAAAUGAGAACCCAUCGAGUGUCGUGUCUCCACCCGGGGCUUCCACCUCCAACGAGCCAUGUUCCAGGCUGCAGGAGGCGCCCAGGCUACUCCCUCCCAUGAAGCCAAAGGCGGCGGUAGCAGCACGGUGCAGCGCUCCAAGUCCUUCAGCCUGCGGGCCCAAGUGAAGGAGACAUGCGCCGCCUGUCAGAAGACAGUGUACCCCAUGGAGCGGCUGGUGGCCGACAAGCUCAUUUUCCACAACUCUUGCUUCUGCUGCAAGCACUGUCACACCAAACUCAGCCUGGGCAGCUACGCCGCGUUGCACGGGGAGUUCUACUGCAAACCCCACUUCCAGCAGCUGUUUAAGAGCAAAGGCAACUACGACGAGGGGUUUGGCCGCAAGCAGCACAAGGAGCUCUGGGCCCACAAGGAGGUGGACCCCGGCACCAAGACGUCCUGAGGCCCCUGCAACCUUCCACCCCCUCCGCCGGCAGGGGGAAGGUUGGGAAGGAGGUCGACCUGGGCUUGCGUGGGGGCCAAGUGGGAAGGGAAUGAGGCCUGCUCAGGCCGAGGGGCCCAGGGGCAGGGCUCUGCCCCAUGACUCCUUCCUUCCUUGUCCCGCAGCGGGUGAGGGUUUGGGAACCAGGAUUGGGGUCUGCCCACCACCCUGCUUCCUGCUUCUUUCAGCUGUCCUCCCCACCUCACCUCAGGACCCCCUAGGAGGCUCCCACGCCCAGCUUCCCUAUCUAGGUGCCUUUUCUCCAGCAAGGAGUCAGCAUGCCCCGCUCAGGGUCUCAAGCUCCCUCACUGCCACCAGAGGCUGUGUGGCCCCCGCAUCUCCCCAUCUACCUCUACCCUUAACCUGGUUCUGAGCCACGGAGGAGACAGGAAGGAGCACAGCAGUGCCACCUGUUGGGCCUCAUAAAUGCCCCUGCAGCCCACAGGGGAGGGGAUGAGGAAGUGGAGCCACCCUCCCUCGUCAGGGCAAGUGGGACUUGGGACCAUCUCGCACCACCAGCGUGGAGAAGCGGACGCUAAAGCAUUCGCCAGGCUGCAGCCUCAGACGCUGGCAGGGGCUGGCACAGUCCCGCUCCCCUCCCACUCCCCUGUUUCUGCCUAUCCUGUUUUGACCAACCCCGUUUUAAACAUGUUUCAACAGAUCCAGAUUCUC